AUGGCAGAAACCUCAGAAUCCAAGAGCAAGGGUAUCUCGGUCGACGUGGCCGCGAAAACCACUGGUGACCCGCAGCCAUGGCCAUCAACUCCGCAGCUCAGCACCGCCAGCGAAGCGGCCGUGGCGAACCCCGAGUGGCAGGCGACCGAGAAACGGCUUGUUCGGAAGCUUGACAUGACGCUCAUGCCCAUGCUAUUCUUGCUGUAUAUGUUCAACUACCUCGAUAGGAAUAACAUCGUGCAGGCCAAAUUGAAUCAUUUUGAGCGAGACAUUGGACUCGUGGGGAACCAGUUCAAUACAGCGCUUGCAGUCUUUCAUCCAGGAUAUAUGCUUGCCCAGUUGCCAUCCAACAUGAUACUAACCCGUAUCCGACCCAGCAUCUACAUACCCUGCUGCGUCUUGCUGUGGUCCAUUGUGUCGGCAUCGACCGCGGCAGCGAACGGCUUUGGCAGCCUCGUCGCAAUCCGUAUCGCUCUGGGGCUGGUCGAAGCGCCCUUCUUCCCGGGUGCUUUGUUCAUCCUAUCGUGCUGGUAUACCCAAAAUGAGCUUGCCUUCCGGACGGCAGUUCUCUUCUCUGGCAAUAUCCUUGCGACAUCCUUCUCCGGACUCCUCGCCGCCGCCGUAUUUGCAAACCUUGACGGCACCCGUGGGCUGGCGGGGUGGCAGUGGUUGUUCAUUAUCGAAGGUGCCGGGAGCUUCGCAAUGGCUUUCAUCGCUAUGGCGUUUCUACCCGACUUUGUGGGAUCCAAGACGGGAGUUUGCGCGUGGCUGAUGCCAGAGAAAGAACUUUUAGUUGCCGCGCAGAGGAUUAAGGCCGAUAGAGUGUCACUGCCGGACGAGAAUGCUUCGGUUCGGCACGGUCUGGGCCUUGCCGUGAAGGAUCCGCGGACGUGGAUUUUUGCUGGCAUGCAAGUGUUCUAUGUCACCUCCAUGGGCUUCAACGGCUUCUUCCCGAGCAUCGUCGAGGGCCUCCAUCUCGGCUCUCAAACAACAACCCUCCUCCUCACGGCGCCUCCCUACCUCUUCGCUGCUGCAACAUCACUCGUUGUUUGCAUGUCUUCGGAUAAGCGUGCUGACCGUGGGCUGCACGUUAUCGGCCCUGUGGGCGUCGCCAUGGUGGGCUUCAUCAUCACCGCUGCAUCAACCAAUCACGCCGCGCGGUACUUUGCCAGUUUCCUGUACAUCCCCGGGGCUAUGUCCUCGUUGGCUCUGAUAUUCAGCUGGUCCUCAACGGCGAUGAGUGAGACGCCGGAGAAGAGAGCGGCAGGCAUGGCGAUCGUUUGUUUGACCUGCCAGCUCGGAGGUGUUUGGAGCCCGUACUUUUUCAGACCAGAAGACAAUCCGCGAUAUCUGCUUGCCUUUAUACUGAUGCUUGUAUUCUCGGCGUUGGUUAUUGCGACGGCGGUCUUGAUGAGGCUCCUACUGGGUAGAGCCAACCAGCGCUUGAUUGCCGAGGCUGAGGGAACUGGUAAAAGCCCGAGACUUUAUAUUCUCUAG